AUGAGUCUUGAGCCGAAAGUCGAAUCUGAAGAGGACCAGAACCUCAACCAUAAACAUGAUUUGCACGAAGACGGCUUUGACCAGGAAAUCCAGAGGGCCAUCGCUGAACAUGAGAUGGAGCUUCUGAGACAGCAGUACCUGGAGAACCCAGAGGGAGAGAACCAGGGAGAAACUGGCGAGACGAAUGUUGAUGAAAACCAGCACCAGGAAGCUCAACAUACGGAGGAUUCAGCUGAAGCUGCUCAGCCUGAAGAACAGACUGGCCCAAUUGCUGGUACUGAGGAGACUCAGGGUAAUGAGGAACCCACAGAGAAGAACUUGAAUGGAGACGCUAAAAACGAUGAACCUGCUAACGAAAGCAACCAACAAGAAGACGUCUUCUCGGCGUCAAGUGAAAAACACCACCUUGAACUAAUAGCUGAUGAGCUUAAGAAGGCUACUACAGACGAUAAGCAAGAUAAGCCUACGCAUAUCCCAGCCAACUCGGAGCUUUUAGCAACAAACACAGCGUUGGCUGCGUAUAAUGCUCUUUCGAGCCAGGUUCCUCCAGUGGCUUCGCUAACAAACGUACAGCUUGCAGCCUUACCGCUUCCUAUAGUGACUCCAGACUACCUUCCUGCAAGAAUCCAGCUUUUAGUCAACACUUUACCUGUUCUUGAUAACUUGGCCACCCAGCUUCUUCGUGUAUUCGUGGCAGGUCCAUACCAGAAAAUCAUAGAAGUGGCUUCGAGUCCAGAAACUCCACAAGGUGCUGCUUUUAGGGAUUUGGCCUCGCUUUUCGAAUUCACCAAGAGACUUUAUUCAGAAGAGGAUCCGUUCCUCACGGUUGAACACUUGGCACCGGGUAUGUGGAAGGAAGGCGACACGACUCCAAGUAUGUUCAGAAACAGAGAGCAGAGUAUCGAAUCCACACUACGAAAGGUCAACUUGGCUACCUUCUUGGCGGCCUCUUUGGGUACCAUCGAACUUGGUUUCUUCUUCCUUAACGAAUCCUUCUUGGAUGUGUUCUGUCCAGCAAACAACCUCGAGCCCGCCAACUCCAUGUCUAACAUGACAGCCUCCAACAUGAACCUACAAAGCGGAGUGAACACGGUGAUAGGAGAUAAAGUGGGAAAGCUACUUAAGCCUCAGGCCGUCUUGUACCUCGACUUGAAGACGCAAGCGUAUAUUUCUGCGAUCGAGGCUGCCGAGAGAUCCAGCGAGGAGAUCUUGGAAGAUAUCUUGCCUAGCAACAUGGAAGAGUUAUUGCUCAAAAAGAGAGGCACCAAGACUCUAACGCCGACAGAAAUCGACUUCGUCAACAGAUGCAAGUCCAGAAAAGAGUCACUUUUGAGCUACCCUGCUGACAGCAACCUCAGUGAAGAAUACGAAUGGUUUACGUUCUUGAAAGACCUCUUCGAUUACGCUUCUAAAAAUAUGGGCUUUCUAAUAUGGGGUAAGAAGGGCAAAUCUGUACCUAGAGAACGUCCCCACGCUACUCCCCAUAGCAACCAGACAUUACAAGAAGCCAGCCGUACUGCCGAAGACAAAGCCGGCUCGCCUACGCAUGACGCUUAUGAAGGCAGAGAAGGAAGCCACGAUGAACCAGCCGUUCCAGGCAGCCAACCAGAAGCCCAUUCGUCCAACCCAGAGAUCAAUGAAAUCACCUCAGCUCUUCUUCCUAGCGAGAUCUUGGAACAACAGAUACAUCUUCGUAUAAAUCCCCGUCUGUCGGGCAAGCUCACCAGCCGAAGACCAUGGACACGUGAAGAAGAGAAGGCACUUCGUCAUGCUUUGGAGUUGAAGGGCCCAUCGUGGUCUACGAUCCUUGAGCUCUUUGGCCAAGGAGGUCGGAUCAACGAGGCACUCAAGAACAGAACGCAGGUGCAACUCAAGGAUAAGGCGAGAAACUGGAAGAUGUUCUUCCUUAAGUCAGGACUUCCUGUUCCAUCGUAUUUGCAGAAGGUUACAGGUGAUCUAGAAAGAGAGGACAAAUUCAAGGCGAAAAAUGCCCGUCUGAAGAAAACAGCGGCAGCACCCGUCCCGGCUGUUGGCAAACGAGCGGGAACAACCGAAGACAGCGACAAGAAAGAGUCCAAGAAACAGAGGAAAGAGUAA